GGAUUUACAUUUUAUUUAUUAAAUGUUGAUUUAGAUUAUUCAUCACCGUUACUAUUAACAAAAAACACAAUCAAAUUUAACAACAAAGAGCAUUAAUGUCAAACCAAUGUAUUCAUCAAUGUUAAGUCGUGAUAUUCCUGGCCCACCAUCUCUCUUUGGUGCUCUUCUUGCUACAAUUGGAUUAAUGUUUUCACUUUUAUUACCAAAGUCAAAAUCUGACUUAAAUGAAAUGGGAAAUGAAUCACGAAAUAUUGAAGAAAAUGCACGUUUAUUACGUGUCAAUCAUGAAUCAGAUGACAAUAAUAUUCAAACGGAUUAA